GAUUGGACAAGACUUUGACGUAAUGACGUAAAUAGGAAAACGAAAAAGAAAUGCUAAGUACUUGUGUAGUGAGUGAGUGUUCAAUCGGGCGUUAAUAUUUACUUUACUAAUAUCUACCCACUUUGUAAACUGAUUCACUGAAAUUUAGUAUUAACGCGAUGCAUAUCCGUUUCCGUCGUUAUACUGCCGUUAGGACAGAGUCUUCUGUCUCGAAAUCUGGCUCGCCCUGACUAAAAGUGAAGUAAAUAGCGAAUAAAAUAGGAUUUGGUAUUUAUCUAGCCAUGGAGUCCGAGUAUCAGCCAAAACUUAGUCCCAUGCGAGCAUAUUCAGUUAUGCACGGAAACACUGCGGAGGCGGACGAGUCGUUCACCAGCCUGUCCGAGUACCACGACUACGAGCCGAGGCUGGAGUUCGACGACUCGGAGCUGACGCAGCCCAUACCCAGCGAUGAUCUAGGUCUACCUCCAGAGCUGCUGGAUAUACCCGACAACCUGCUACAGCGGUCGGCCAGCGAUGGGACCAUCGAAGAGAACUUCGAAGAGGAGCUGGCUACCAAACUCGAGGAGAUCUACACUGAGAUAGCGGCAACGACGCUUGACGACAACUUCACGGAGCUUAACGACAGCGGGCUGGUGGAAGUGGUGGGCGACGACGCGAUCGGACGACGCAUCAUCGUCGUGUCCGCCUGCCGGCUGCCGUCCAAUAAGGAGCUGCCACCGGACAAGCUACUCAAGUACCUGAUGUCCACCCUGGACAAAUACGUGGAGCAGGACUAUAGCCUGGUGUAUCUACACUGCGGCCUCACCAGGAACAACAAGCCGCCCACCUCCUGGCUCUGGAAGGCCUACAAGGCCUUCGACAGGAAAUACAAGAAGAACCUCAAAGCCCUGUACCUGGUUCACCCGACUAACUUCAUAAGGAUAGUGAUGCAGAUGUUGAAGCCGGCCAUAAGCGUCAAGUUUGGGAGGAAGGUCAUGUAUUUUAAUUACCUACAUGAAUUGCAUCCGCAUGUGGACUUGGAUAAGCUGAGGAUACCGCAGCAGGUUAUUGAGUACGACCAACUGCUGCUCUCCAAAAACCCAAAAGCCGCCGAAGCCGCCAAACUAAUAUCGGAAAAGCAACCCAUAGCGGAGCAGACAGACAAGACCCGUAAGGACGGUCUCUCGCCUCCACCGACGCAGCAGUUUGGAGUAUCCCUGCAGUUCAUAAAGGAUAAUAAUUCCAAUAUGGUGGAUGCCAUACCGCCGGUGGUGAGGCAGUGUGUGGAGUUCCUUUCGCAGCCGGAUGCACUAGAAACUGAGGGUAUAUUCCGUCGAUCAGCGAACAUUUCCGUGAUAAAAGAGCUCCAGAGGCUGUGCAACCGCGGCGAGCCGAUAUCGUUCAGGAGCGACCCUCACAACGCCGCUGUCCUGCUUAAAACCUUCCUCAGGGAUCUCGAAGAGCCGUUACUAACGUUUGACCUUUAUGAGGAGAUCUUGAAGUUCCAAUUGUGGUCGAACCGCGACAAGCCGAGGCAUGUGAAAAUACUCAUCCUAGAAUGGCUCCCGCCAGAUAACUACAAGCUAUUGAAGUACAUCAUACAAUUCUUAUGGAAGGUCCAAGACCGGAGCUGCCUGAACAAAAUGACGAGCAGCAACCUCGCGGUGGUGUUCGGGCCGAACCUCGCCUGGCCGCCCAACGGCCAGAUGUCCCUGCAAGCCAUCGCGCCCAUCAACGCGUUCACUGACUUCUUACUCAAGAAUCAGGAGACCAUAUUCAUUAUUUAAGCUUCGGUGGCCUGGUAAUGAAUUGAUGUUGGAAUUUAUGGGUACCUAAUUAAGACGAGGAAAAACAAAGCAGUGGAACUAAAAGCGUGGUUCGUCCGACUAACACUAAGGAUAAUCAUGUAAAAAAUUAAGAGAGCGGUUUCGCUGGCAAGUUUACUACAUCAACUAGCUAGAUAAGUUACAGUUUAAUCUAGAAUUCGACAUGCUUAGUACCGCGGCAGCGAAUUUACACUUCCAAUUAUCCUAUGUAUACGGUAUACACAAAAUUUAAAAAUCUCGUGUGGCGUCGAUCGCCUACGCGAAGCCAAACAUCAAGGCGCGUAGCCAACAUGCCAAUCGUUAACGCUCCGUAGCAUAUCCGUAUCCUCGUCAUCUCUCUCUUUAUCACUCUUCCAUAUUAGUGAGACAGUGACAGUUUCGUUCGCUACGGAAAGUUAAGGAUUGGCAUAUAUUGCGUGUAUCUUGAUUAGUGAAAUGAAUUCUCAAAUUUCUAUGGAACAUGCUAACUAUGUACUUUAAACAAAAGUCACUAGGAAAUUUAUCAUUCGAGACCAUUUCAAUAUGGCGGUUUGUUUACAUAGUUAGCAAGUUCUAUAGAAUGACACUUUAAUAUAUUUUUUAGUUUUUAUAUUGAAAUUGCUUGAAGCGAAUUGUUUCAAUCAAGCUUCCCAACAUUGUAAAAUAAACCGUAUCCCUGCUUUAAGACGGCAAAGGGUAUAAAUAUCAGUGUAUACAAGAAAUAAACUACAGGAAUGUAAUGAUCUGACCUACUGUAUAGAAUCUUUGGGAUACUGAAAUACAUAUUUCUAAAUUAGAUCUAGUGAAAUUAUAAAUAAGGUCUAUAUUUACAAAGAAACUAAAAUAACUUAUGUAACUGAAAGUUUUCUAAAUUAAUUCUAGUGGAUUUAUGAAUAUGAUGUAUUUAACUAGCAAUUAAUUUAAAUAAAUAGG